GCCGGCGGCCCCUCAGUCUCGCAGCGCUCGGCCCAUGGCCGCCUACUCCUACCGCCCGAGCCCCGGCACCGGCCCCGGCCCUUCCGCGGGCGCCGCGCUGCCGGACCAGAGCUUCCUGUGGAACGUUUUCCAAAGGUAACCAGGAGCAUGCUCUCCUGCGCUGAAGGCCUGCAGCCCAGAAGAGGCGGCAGCUCAGGGCAGGUGACUUACUGCAGCGCCUUCUGUCCCUGGUCACCCUCCCAGUGAAGGAAUGACCGAAACUUGAGGUGGACAAGGACAGGAGCGGCGUGAUAUCGGACAGCGAGCUGCAGCAGGCGCUCUCCAACGGCACGUGGACUCCAUUUAAUCCAGUGACUGUCAGGUCAAUCAUCUCCAUGUUUGACCGGGAGAACAAGGCUGGCGUGAACUUCAGCGAGUUCACUGGAGUCUGGAAGUACAUCACGGACUGGCAGAACGUCUUCCGCACCUACGACCGGGACAAUUCUGGGAUGAUUGACAAGAACGAGCUAAAGCAAGCACUCUCAGGUUUUGGGUACCGGCUCUCUGACCAGUUUCACGACAUCCUGAUUCGAAAAUUUGACAGACAAGGGCGGGGACAGAUCGCGUUUGACGACUUCAUCCAGGGCUGCAUCGUCUUGCAGAGGUUGACUGAUAUAUUCAGACGCUACGAUACGGAUCAGGACGGCUGGAUCCAAGUGUCCUAUGAACAGUAUCUUUCCAUGGUCUUCAGCAUCGUAUAACACUGGCCUUUUUAAAGCGAGACUCUCAGUAAAAAGACUGAAAAUGCCAAAUCUCUUACCUUUAACGAGAUGGAACACGGAUGCAGUUAGACACUGUUCUUUAGACUUUAUGUGACUAACAUUUGGGGACCCUCUGUACAUAUGUGGAUAAGCUGGUCAACGUUUCUGCAGUUGUAACGAGUUACAUCGUUUCGGUUCAGACAUUAGAUUGGGGAUUGUUUAAUCGUGCCAUGAGUUAAGGUGUAAUAAUGUUUCAGGAAUUCUGCAUGCAAAAAGUUUAUCAUAUGCUUGUCUCGAUAGCCCCAGUUCUAUACUGGAGAUACUUUUAGUAGCCAAUAGAAAUUUAAAAAUAAUAUAAGGUUGUGUGGGAGGCUUUUCAUGUGCCUUACUUUUUAAAAAAGGGACUGUAUUCAUCUGCAUAUGCAGCAAAAGCAAUAAAACAGUUGUGCCCCAGUC